AUGUCCGAACCAUCGGCCGUCUCGGUCGCUGUGGGUGAGCCUACCACGCAGUGGGCCUACCGUGCUCAAAAAUCCAUCGGACUCAACACCGGUUCGCCCUCUUACACCUCCGUCAGCGGCUUUGACCAGGUGACAGGCGCUACUCGCGUCUUUCAGUACAGUCCCGAUGGCAGCACCUUUGCCGCCGCCAUGGACGAUUUCACUCGCCUCGUGGACACUCGUGCUGCCUCCACCUCGUCCGUGAAGCGCGAUCUUCCGGUCCCCAAGGUCGUCGACCUCCAGUUCUCACCUAGAGGUGCUUUCCUGAGCACAUGGGAGCGCCCCUCCAAGCUUGAUGACGGCUCCAAUGCUCGCAACCUCAAAAUGUGGGACACCGAGACUGGAGAGACCGUCGCCGCUUUCGAGCGCAAGUCGCAAGAAGGCUGCUUCUUUCAAUUCACCGCCAACGAGCAGUACUGUGUAAGGCAGGUUUCCACCGAGCUCCAGAUCUACGAGCCUCGUCAUAUUACCGACAAGGGCGUCAUUGGCAGGUUGCGUCUCGAGGGCAUUACCAGCUUUGAAGUUGGUCCAGGCGACAAGCCCAGCAUCGCCGUAUUUUGUGGCGAGAAAAAGGGCGCUCCCGCUUCCGUUCGCGUCUAUUCUCUCGCUUCUCUCAUCCCUUGCCCGGAAUCUCCCCCCGCGCCCGUCUCGCAAAAGACGUUUUUCAAGGCCGACAAGAUUCAAAUCAAGUGGAACAAGGCCGGCUCUGCGCUCUUGUUCAUGACCUCCACCGACCAUGACAAGACCGGCAAAUCGUACUACGGUGAAACUAACCUUUACCUCAUGUCGGUUCGUGGCGACUUUGACUGCCGUGUUGCGCUCGACAAAGAAGGUCCCAUCCACGACUUUGAAUGGAACCCCAACUCGAAAGAAUUCAUCGUCAUCUACGGCUACAUGCCCGCCAAGGCGGUGCUCUUCAGCCAUCGUGUCAACGUCAUUGCCGAGCUCGGCACACAACCACGCAACUUUGUCGCCUUUAACCCACAGGGUCGACUCUUUUGCAUUGCUGGCUUCGGCAACCUGUCUGGCACCGUCGACGUCUGGGACCGCCAAGAGCUGUCUAAGGGCAAAAUCUUUUCUAUGGACGCAAGCAACAGCUCCGUCUGUCAGUGGUCUCCCGAUGGCCAUUUCUUGCUCACUGCUACACUCAGCCCGCGUCUGCGUGUGGAGAACGGCGUCAAGAUUUGGCACUGCACCGGUCAGCUCGUUCACGUCGACAUGAUCGACGAGCUUUACCAAGCUGGCUGGCGUCCAGGUUCCAACGCCGGUCUCGUCGCUUUCCCUGCUCAGAUCCCGAGCGCACCUGCCGCCUCUGCCGCCGCUGCCUCGUACCUGGCAACCAAAGCCGCCACCAAGCGACCCACGGGAACUUACCGUCCACCGGGCGCCCGCGGUCAAGGUACACCAGACAUUUACAAGCGCAUCGACGAAGGUGGCUCAGGUGCUUCCACACCAGACCUUGCUCGCUCCGGCUCGCAAAAUGGCACCUACCAAGCACCCGGAUCAGGUAACCGCAAACGCGCCAUCCCCGGUGCACCUGGCUCCGCUCCACGCACCAACGGCAAUGCCGCAACCAACCAGAAGGACGGCAAGAAGAAGGGCGGCAAGCAACAGCAGAAUGGCAAGAACGCCAACGCUGCUAGCGCUAGUGUAACAGUGGUAGAAGAAUCAGCUGGCACUGCUUCAUCUGGUGCUGCAGAGGUAGGCGGCAACUCAAGCGCAGCCAACUUGGAAAAAAAGGUACGCAAUCUCAACAAGAAAUUGAAGGCCAUCGAAGAGCUCAAGUUGCGACAGGCAGGCGGUGAGAAGCUCGAAGCUAUGCAGCUCGCCAAGAUUGCCGCCGAGCAAGAGGUCAGGAGGGAUCUUGCUACGUUGGAGUAG